AUGCAGCCCGCCCCCUCGACGCCCGGGCCGCGGCGCGCCGCAGACACCUGCCGGGCUCCGCCUGGACCGGAGCGUCCUCCCGCGGCCAGGGGUCCGGCAGCUGCUUCCAGCCUGGGACCGGCCUCGGCCUCCAGCAGAGCGCCCCGGGGCCUGGACAUGAGUGCCCAGGAGCCCCCGCAGGGUCGAAGAUUCCCCAUUGAGGCCGGAGACUCCCCUGGCCUUGCCGCCGCCCCCGAAUCCCAGGACAGCCCGGAGCCGGUGGCCACGGAGCACAACCCGGUCAGGCCGCUUCGACGCUGCCCGGGCUGCCACUGCCUGACGCUGCUGCACGUGCCCAUCGACGUCUACCUGGCCAUGGGCGGGAGCCCCCGGGCCCGCGCCACCUGAGUGCGCCUGCGCACGGCGGCUCCGCGGGAGCCGGGCGGGGACGAGGCCCGCCGCGGGCCACCACGCUGAGGUCGCGCGCGCCGAGCACGAGACAAUGAUGCACAUUUUAAAAUAAAAGAAUGAUGCACAUUUUAAUAAAGCACAGCAUAAACUGUUCUUUCC